UAGGCAUGAACCCGUUGAACCUUUUAUUUUGAUGAAGAUUGAACAUGUGAAGCUGGUCUGGAACGUGUACGUGAGAAGUAGAGAAGUGGUUGUUUCUCAGAUGGCGGUAGGAGAGUGCAGUGCAAUGGAGAAUUUUUUUGGAUAGUUGAUUUGUAAUAACGCCUGCGAAAGUCUGUGAACAGGAGUUCCAUAACAGCAUAAGGAGGAUAGCUGGGUAAAGGAGCGUUCUUGUGCACGGAGUGCAUGUGCGACUGUUGGAGUUUGCUCCAAAAACCUCUCACUGGGUUUCUGUUUCCUGGGAAUGUCGCUAUUGAGCUGGUUUGCCCUUGGAGUUGUGCACGAGCAGAGGGCACCUUGCGACUCCCAGCCUCAGUCUCGAAUGGCCAAUAAUAAGAAGUACUUAGCCAAGUCGCCACGUAGCAGUAGCAAUCAUGGUAGUGCAGGAGGCCACAGUCCCUCUAGGCCCCGUCGUUCAGAUGAUGCCAGCCAAUAUUCAGGACACUCAGCCAGCAGUCGUCUCUCCAACUUAGUUUACAGUGGUGGGAGUUCUGUAGGAACGUCUGCCUUGCGUGCCCGCCACAUUCCCUACCUGGCACCGCCUCGUGAGCUGCUUGUUGAGGUAUACAUGCUCAUCUACCUGGUGUUCUGCCUGGUGUUGCAGAAUUUGAACAUCUACAAGCAGAACUGGUACUUGAUUGACUAUGAUCUUGUACUGUUCUCAGUCCUGGUCUUGGGAAGAACCGUCUUAUGGCGGCUACUGACAAUGCUGGGACUUUGCUGGUCGCAUGCACAGACCUAUAAGUACUGGGUCAGCAAGGCGCUGGAGAUACUUGGCAAAGUCAGCUUGCUUGGUGUGGCUACGUAUCUGGCAACGGAGCUUCUCUUCAGCUACACUCUACCGUGUUGCGUCCACCUAGUAUACCCGAUCUUCCUGUACGUGUCACUGUUUGGCUGCACGCUGGACCCGCACCAGGAGCAGCUGCGCCAGUACCGUUCCUAUCCUAGCUCGAUGCACAGUCUCAGACCCAGUGAUCUGUCAUCAGCAUCACCUUCAUCAGCGAAUGGGCCGCCGGACCCUGAGAACCAAUCCAACACGGAAGCGUUGCUAUCAGCCAUGCCCAGCACGCCGACUACUCAGCUAGAAAACCUACGGCAUCGGCACCAUCCGGAGAAAAGUCCCGUCUCUGCAUCGUGUAAUUCUAGUCCCAGUGCAAGGGAAAGCUCUAAUGUCUGCAGGCAGACAAGUAGUGAUGCAAGGCAAACGUUAACACCAACAGCACCACCAACAACAACAACACCGAGUACUGGAUCGCCAUUGUCGUUACGGCCCGAAUCAGCAGCAAGCGCAGCGCCGUCAUCCUGGUCUCCAACAGUGAGUCCGCCCCGCUCUGGCGCACAGGUGCUAACGUCCUCGCUCCUCUCGCGGACAUUGCUCCCAUGGCGAUCCUGGACGCCGCAGGCAAUGGUUGUCAUAAGCAACUACCCCAGCGUAUCGCUCUCGGCCAGUACUGUUCACCCCAUGGUCUCAGCGCCGGACUGGGUGCGGCAGGAAGUAGAGUGCCUCUGGUCAGACUAUCUCGUGCGCCUGAAGCAGAUCAUCUUCUCCACCGUCCUGGCGGCGUACUACGCUGGCUAUCUGCCGAUGCAAAUAAUCCGAGAUGAUCACCUUUAUCUAGAGCCAUCCUGGUGUUGGAUGCAUACUGGGAUGAUUCUGUUCAACUCGUUCCUCAUGCUCUCCUUUCAGCUCCUACCAGCGCACUACUGUGGCUCAUUGUACCGCUGUGCCGUGCAGCUGGGCUUCUGGGAGGUGCAGCUCGGGCAGACAACAGCGCCGCACACGUGGUCUGCGAUGAGCUCCUGGCCGCAUGGGUCAGUGGUGCGCCAUCCGAAAGGCGUCUUCCGGGCGUCGGGCGGCCACGCUACGGUGGCAAUACCGGGUGAUGAAGGCCAUGAAUCUUUCUAUUUACUUUUCACCUGGGCACUGCAUGUGCCGAUGUGCUACUCGGUAUUUGCCAGCUGUCUACUGCUGACGGAGGUCUUCUUCCUGUGGACGUUUUCAGACUACUUGCAAAGCCUGAGUUUGUUCCUGUCGCUAGUGUUCUCGUUGUAUCCGUACUACCAUCUGACGCGGAACUCGCUUAUCCUUCACAAGACGGCGUGCACCUCGUAGGAGAGUGUGUGGUGUCUUGCGCACGUGGCCGGGUGCUGUGUGUGAGUGUGCGUGUGCAUGUUGGCGUGUUGGCUAGUAUUCCGUUUGCGUGUGUGUGUGUGUUUGGGUGAGUAUGUGUGUUUGGGUGAGUAUGUAGUCUUGGCAUUCUGCCUGGCAUAGCUUUUGCUCUUGUUAGGUUUUUUCUUAUUCAUCUCGUCACCGUCGUCGCUGCUGCCUGGUCCACUUGUCUGUCGCUGGAUUCUUGCACUCUGCCCGUAGUGUUACAAUGAGGCGCUCGGAAUGUCUUGCAAGGCGUUCGCCUUUGUGUCACUUUCAGUGUUUUUCUCUUGUCUCCUGGCUUUUCCAGUCCAGCCUUUCUGUGCUACCCUUCUUCUUGACCGUUUUGAUAUGCCUCGUGAACAAAGCGCACCUGUGCAGCCGCUCAGCUGCUUCAGCAAAACCUCACAAUUAGUUCUCAACAACAGUUGCGUUAUCUUUUAUUCCAAUUUUUUCUAACUAACUACAUGGAGUAUUCUAUCUCAUUCGUUGAGCAAUCAGGGGAUUCCCCCCCAAGUUUUA